AUCCAAGCAACGCCCGCCUGCUCGCUGCCUCCCGACCCCUGUUAAUCCGGCAUCCUCUAUCCUGAAUCCUGAAUCCUGCUGUCCUGCUGUCCGGCCUCCUCGCAGACUGCUUGCUGGGCCCCUCGCCGUCGCCAGCAUGGCCAGACACCUGUCGAAGGAAUCGCGGGCAGACAUCCUUAGGCUGCGCGCGCAGGGCCUCACGUACAAAGAAAUCGCCGAGCGCAAGGGCAUCACGCACCGCCAGGUCCAGUGGACAUGCGAGUCUGGCGAUCCGACGCCCAAGCGACGCACCGGCCGGCCGUCGCAGCUGUCGCGGGCGCAGGUCAACCGGCUGGUCGAGUAUGUGUGUGCGUCGCCCGAGAACCGCCAGCUCUCGUAUCUCGAGCUCGCGACCGUCCUGCAGCUGGGCGUGGGCCAGUUCGCCGUCCGCAAUGCGCUGUACAACGCGGGCUUCCGUCGUCGAGUCGCCAGGGAAGGCCGGCGGGAGCUGCAUCGCAUUGAUAGCGACGGUGGUGGCGGCGGCGGUGAUGCUGCUACUGCGGCUACAACAACAACAACAACAACAGAUAUUCAGACCACUUCGACGACUACGACUACAGCAGAUAUACAGACUACGGCAGAGACACAGAGCAGAGACGAAAGAGAAUAA